AUGGUAUUGCAUCCACUGCUCCUACGGAGAGCGGCUGCCACGAGCGCCGCAGUCCUCAUGGCUGGCGGAUUCGCCGCAUAUCCUGGACGCACAUUGUACGCGGAAGCUCCGUCUCAACCAUCACGCCAGCGAAAACCAAUCUACGAUGAGGACGGCGACAGCACUCCAGUCGAGGCCCAAAAACCACUCUCAGUCACUCCGACUCCCUCCUCCACACCUCUUCCCUCAACGACCUCAAACCCCUCCAAUUACGAAUCUCCCACGGAUCAAUUAGCAAAGCAGAUCCGUCAAGUAAGACUCUUCCUCUACGAUCACUCCCUCGCUGCCGAGAAUGCCUUCAAUGAUGCCCUCUCCCGUGCCCUCAACGCCGAAUCAAGGUUUACCAGCACGAUAGCCUCAUUGGCCCCAUCACGCGAGUCUGGUGAACGCCUGCUUCCCGGAAGCAUUUAUGUGAUUGUAACUGCCAUGGCCGGAUCAAUCGUUUCUCGAAACCGCGGCAUCUUCUUACGCACAGCCACUCCCUUGACUGCGGGUACCAUUGCUGCUUGGACUUUACUACCUGUUACCAUGCGAAACAUUUCUGAUUUGGUGUGGGAAUACGAAAAGAAGGUUCCUGCGCUUGCAGAGCAGCAUGUGAAGGCUCGCGAUGCGGCCGAAGAAUCCUGGAGACAGGCAGUGGCUCACAGUGGCUACGCAAGAACCUGGCUGGAAGGGAAGAUUGGAGAGGGGAGACAAACAUUGGAGGAAUGGAUUAGCAAGGGAAGAUAAAUACGCCAGUCUUGAAGCUCUUUACAAAGCGGCCGACAGUUUACAACCAAAGAUCUUUGAGCUCGGCAUAUGUAUAUGUACUGUAGUAGAAUCUAGAGAGUUGGGGUGGCUUCCAACAUUCGCAUUCAUUUU